CAAAUGACAAGUGACAACUGCAAGUGGAAAAAAAAAUUGUGUUGAUUUUUCGUAAAUGAGUUGCAAUUAUUUUCAUUCUUUCCUUUGUUGAAAAAAAAAGAAUAAAUCAAUCAAAAUGUUUCAGUUUGGGUUCAACAUGUUUCAUGAGAUGACGAGACCUUUCACCAUGACUUACAGGUGCUUCUCAGUUUCUAUGAUGCCUGGAAAUGAAAGGCAAGAUGUUGAGAGAGGAGGAAAAAUUAUUAUGCCACCUUCUGCAUUAGAGCUUCUAACAAGAUUAAACAUAGAGUACCCAAUGAUAUUUAAAUUAACCAACAAGAAAACUAAAAGAAUAACACACUGUGGAGUUUUAGAAUUUGUUGCAGAUGAAGGACGUGUCUAUUUACCACAUUGGAUGAUGGCAAACCUGGUGUUGGAAGAGGGAGCCCUGAUUCAAAUUGAAAGUGUCUCCCUCCCAGUAGCCACAUUCUCCAAAUUCCAACCUCUCUCAGAAGACUUCCUUGAUAUAACCAAUCCCAAAGCAGUACUCGAAAAUUGUUUAAGAAACUUCUCAUGUCUAACCACUGGUGAUGUAAUAGCAAUUAAAUACAAUUCUAAGGUUUAUGAACUGUGUGUGCUAGAAACUCAGCCAGGCAAUGCUGUCAUUAUUAUUGAAUGUGAUAUGAAUGUAGAGUUCGCACCGCCAGUUGGUUACAAGGAAGAAGACCACAUAACAAGAGGCGAGGGCAGCUCCGAAAUGGCUGGGAUAGAGGAAGACCCAGCGACAAUGAUGCCCGAGCCAGACGGCUUCGUUGCGUUCAGUGGGGAGGGUAACAGACUAGAUGGAAAAAAGAAAAAACUUACUAGUGAAAGUGACUCAGAGCCUCAGGCAUCUAAUUCUAGACAACCAUAUGUUCGAGGUAUACCAGACUAUGAUUAUGUGAUUGGCACACUUAGAUUCAUUAGGAAUUCUAAACCAACCAGUGCCAAAGAGGGGACAUUACCAGAAGAACCAUUCCAAGCAUUUAAGGGUGAAGGCUUCACUCUAAGAACCACCAAACAUAAGAACUGACUAGCAUAGCUCUAGCAUAGCUCUCGCAUGACCUACUAGUUUUACUGCAUUCUCAUGAAAAUUUUGUACAUAAAAAUUAGACUUUAUACUAAAAGAAUUUUUGAUAUGUGGCAAGAGAGUUACUUUGGCAACACAUACUUAAAUUAAUCCUCAUUUAAUUUAUGAUCAAGCUAAAAAUGUACACCAUUCACUGAAUUAGUAAUUAAAACACUUUGCUACCUGA